UCCUGACGGUCUUGUUCAGUUCGCAUAAACGUGUCGACGGACGAGGUACCGGCUAUUCCGCUGUAUCGACCGAUCUUUCCGGCCGCCGUUCUACCCAAUUCUCCACGUGUCAUACCGAAAGUGGUUUUUCGGCUCAUCAUCAUGUCCAGCGAGUUCCUCGGAAAACGUUACAAGCUGUUCAGCAGCGAGAACUUCGACGAGUUCAUGAAGGCACUUGGAGUAGGCAUGGUGACGCGUAAAAUGGGUGCGAGUGUCAGCCCCGUGGUCGAAUUAUCGGAGAAUGACGGAGUUUACACCUUGAAGACGACUAGCCCCUUCAAAAACAUGGAGAUAAAAUUCAAGCUCGGAGAGGAGUUUGAUGAGGAGACCGCGGACGGCAGGAAAGUGAAGAGCGUCUGUACUCUGAAUGGUAACAAACUCGUGCAAGAGCAGAAAGGCGAGAAGCACACUACCAUCGUGAGGGAAUUCACGUCUACAGAGAUGAAAGCGAUCAUGAAGGUCGACGACAUUGUCUGCACAAGGGUAUACAAGGUUCAGGAAUAGAGGUAUCAAGCUGAAGACGUGCACAACCACUAUAUCUGUGCCAGAAGCACUCUAAGAAGGUGUAAAUUAUUGUUUAAAAGCUUGUUGUUUAAACACGAAGAAAGUAUAUUUCUACGGCGGUAAAUAGCAUUGAAACUAUAUAUGUAAUACUACUAUAUUGCUAGCAAAGCUGAAACGCUGCCGAAAACAUUACGGGACAGACAUAUAUGAAUCUGCAUAAGAACCUCUCACUUCCACAAUUCGUGUACUUUGACGCAAAUGCGCAUGCACGUUGAGUCAGCUGAACCUAAUGAAAUUGUGUAUUUAUGGCUGGUUUAUGCUUCAGUCUUAAUCUUAAUCUUAGUCUUAGUCUUAACUUAAUCUUAAGGACUCGUUUAUGCUUCCCUGGAAAUUCGGACUACGCAUGUGCAAAUGUAACGAAACCUAAUCUAACCACAAAUUGUAAUAGACCCCGGUGCUGCAGAUUAUAGUGAAUAUUAAAAUGAAUCGUUAGCGGCAAAAAACUUUAAUGUUUGGAAUGGCACUUUUGUUAUCAAGUGCCUAUGCAGCAUGUGUAUUAUUAAGAAAUUAAAAAAAAA